AUGUCGCAACCUCUUAACUUCAACCAGAUCAGCAAUACCAACAACAACAACAACAACAAUAACGAGCUGCCCACCACGACCAUCAACUUCGAUCAGCUCCCUAUCUCCGAUCCUGCCGCUGUCUACUCGGCUAGCUCCCUCGAGCUGGGCUUCCAUCCGAUCCACUUGCUCAAGUUUGCAUUACUCCUACUAGCCUUCCUGGUCAUACCCAUCCUCUCAACAAACAACCUAUUCCCCCGUGCACUCGGCCACGGCUCAAGGAACUCCUCGGCCAAGCACUCCCAUCGACGUCGCCGUCAGCCCCGACGCCAGCUACCGGCGAACUACCAGCCCCCGCAAUCGGUCGUCGAUGCACCCUUCAUACCCUUGCCCACCAGAAGACACUUCCGGAUCUCCCAUGUCGGAAAUCAGAGAGCAGGACGGCUGACGACCGGCUCGGUGGUCUACACGAACCACUCCUCCUCGGAAUCGGACGAGUACUGUUCCGAGGACGCCCACCAAGCCGAGCCGCUCGACCACUUCAGACUCGUCUUCGGAAAGAGACUCCGAGGCGAGGAGGAGGAGUUCAGAGCCAACCCAACUACUCACUCUCCAUUCCCAGUACAGCCAGGCUAA